CAAUUUUAUCGAAUUUCUAAUGAUCCGUAAGGCGACACUAUUAGCGAUGUUUCUAGUAGGAGUUCGGAACGAACCGCAAGGUCCGGCUUAUCUUCCACCUGGUCCUCGUACUGGAGGAGGCGGGACCGGUCAUCCGGACGAUUGGGCCGGUGAUCCAGCGAACUAUGAGUUUUCGUACGAGGUCCAGGACGCGGCGGCAGGUCUAGACUUUGGGCAUCGCGAAAUGAGGAAGGACAUGGAGGCCACGGGAACGUAUCAUGUGCUGCUGCCAGAUGGUAGGACCCAAUUUGUCGAUUAUAUCGCCGAUCAGAACGGGUAUCGGCCGAUGAUACGAUACGAAGGAACCGCUACUUAUCCCGCUCCAGGACCGGCGCAAGAGGGCUACAAAUAUAAAUAG